AUGGAAAAUGAUGAACGAAUUCAAAUGCAAUUACUUCUUGCGAUCAAUCAAUUAGUUAAUAACCCAGAAAGAAAUUCUCAAACAAAUAAUAAAGGAUUCUACAUUGAAGUUCAAAAAAUGGGAUUGGAAACCUUGGAUAAAUUAUUACAAAAUUCUGGGCAUUCAUUUACUCAUGGGUGGAGCAGAAUUUUUGAUAUGAUUAAAAGUGUGUGCACACCAUUAGAAAGUGGCGAGGAUGAAGGUUACACUGCCAGCUCUGACAGUAUUACUAUUGCAGGUACCUCAACCAUUGGUAUUUCUAGUUCCAAAUUAUCUGGUUUAGUUCGUGUGGCAUUUCCUUGUUUACAGCUAAUUUGCUCCGACUUUUUAUCAUUGCUUUCACCCGAGUGUUUGAAGCAAUGCAUAAAUACAUUGGGGGCAUUUGGUUUACAAAUGGAUGAUUUAAAUAUCAGUUUAACUGCUAUAACAUUAUUAUGGAAUGUUUCUGAUUUUAUACAGACCAAAAGAUCAGAAAUGGUAAAGGCUCAAGGAGACCAACAUGAUUGUUUUUGGAAAAUUGGAAAUGAAGAUAUCGAACAGAUAAUAGAAAAUGCCAUUCAUGGGGAAUUAAGUAACAAUACCAUGAAUGCUCUCUGGAUGUUGUUAUUGUUACAACUUGCAAAGAUUUGUUCAGAUGUUCGAUUUGAAGUAAGAAAUGGAGCAAAUCAAACUUUAUUUCGUACUAUUGAUAUGAAUGGAUCUGUAUUGGGGUCUCAGAUGUGGCAUGCAUGUAUCUGGAAAGUUUUGUUUCCUUUAUUGGAUUCAGUUAAAAAUGCAUCUGAGAAAGCUGUUAAGGUCAUGAAUCAGCAAAAUAAUGGUGCUUCGAAUGAUAAACCUUCUUCACAAAAAGAAUUUACUGGUUUCAUGAUACAUCAUUCUCGUAAUACUGCAGAUAAACAAUGGGAUGAGACAAAGGUUCUAGUAUUAAGUGGUGUAUCCGGUAUAUUUAAAAACUUUUUACAUAUUCUGGUAAAUUUAGAUGAUUUUAAUCAAGCUUGGAGUUUUUUCCUUUCACAUUUACAAGAUUCUUGUCUACAUUCUAGUCAUGAAGUAGCAAUUUCAGCUAUUAAAUCAUUAAACACUAUGAUUCAAUUUGCAAGUGAUGAUGUUCAUAAUGAUGAAUUGAAGGAAAAAAUUUUACCAAUGUGGCAAACUGCGUGGGAGGUUUGGGAAAGAAUAGGUCUGGUUAUUAUUACAAAAUCAAACGUUGACAAUGACAACGAUAAUAAGAAGGAAAUAGAAAUUUCAGAAGGUGUUGUAUCGUCAUCAAAGUUAAUCUCUUCACAAUUCAAUCAAGAUACUCUUACGGCAUUUAUUUGGACUUUUACUGAUCUAUACAAUGUGAUUCAGGUUGAUUUUGAGAUUAGUAAAAUAAAAAGAUUAUUAAAAGUCAUCCAUGGGAUUUUGACUUAUCCCCAUAGUCCUUCUUAUAAAUCAGAUUGUGAUUAUCUAACUGCUUUGCAAGAAGCAGUUUUGGAAGUAAUCAAUAUAUUAAAUUUAAAUGUGCCAGGUGCUCCUGCGGCAGUCUUAAGCAGUUUAGCGGAUUAUAUAACAUUAGCAUUUUUGAAAAUUUAUAAUGAAGAAAAUAAUAAAAGUAUUAAAGAAGGAAUUGGAUAUUUUAAACAAAAGAACCACUCACAAAGCACUGCCACUAUUGUUACUGCUAGUGAUUCUACUAUUGCCACCAAUAAUAACACUACAUUUUUUAAAGAAGAAGGAAUGCCUUCCAAAAAAUCUUAUGACACAAUAACUUAUAUUGUAUUUUCAAAAACUGUGAUGCAUACUGUUAAGGAUCUAUUUAAAAAAUUUACAGAUGAUAAAGGGAUAUAUUCAGAAGAAGUAUUUGCAAAAAUUAUUUGGUGUCCACCUUCAGGUAAAAAUGUCGAACUUUGGAAAAUUGCCACAGAUUCAUUUUUAGAAGUAGUAAAAAAUGGAUUAGUUGUGUUAAAAAACCUUGGAGAUGAUUCGCAGAACCUCGAACAACAAGAUAUAGAUGAAGCAUUUGAUAUGAAGUUUCUAUUUAGAUUACAAUCUGAAGUAAUAGUUCAUAUUGGUCAUCCAUAUGUACCACAAGAACUAAUCAAAAGUAUGGUGGAAACUUUAAAAGAAGGCUCAAAACUUUAUGAUACUUUUAUAGAUGAGAGAGAAAAUAAUUAUAAUACGUUAUCUUCAACAAAUGAUUUAUCAUCAUCAUUUCAGAGUAAAAAAUUAGCAGACAAAGUUGAAGGCACAACUGCCAAAGUUAUUCCUGUAAUAAGAGAAAGAUUUGCAUAUGCUUGUUUACAAUGUUUAUUUGAUUUAUGUUCUGAACAAGGUGAACAAGGUGAAGAAGAUGAAAGUGAUGCGAGUCAUCGUAUUGCACAAGUUGCAGCACCAAUACUUUUAGAACGAUGUGCCUCUGCAAUAAAAAAGUAUACAGCUGAUCAACCGCUACAUGGAAAAUAUCCAUUUUCAAGCCUUAAUCUUGCUUCCAGGGUACAAAACGAUGAAAUCUUGUUAAUCUUACAACAACUGAUUAAAUUACAAUUUCGUACAAAUGUAUUAAACUUUGAAGAUGGAAAUUCUAAAAAAAGUUUAUUGAAAAAAGAAAUUUUAUCAGGAUCGAAUGCACAUUUAUUUUAUUUAUAUCCAGUUAUUUGCGAGGCUAUUUCCAUUCCUGAAAAAAACAUAACUGUUUUGUUAAAGGAAUGUUUAAAGAAGAUUGGUAAUGAAUUAGAAAUAUAUUAA